GGCUGAGGUAGACGAGAUGGCCAAUCCAGUAUUGCCAAGCGUGCCAAUUCGUAUGUCCAUGGGGUCUUUUGGACAAUUUUAUCUAAAUGGUGGCCUAGCUAAUGUGCCACGGCCUGAUGAAAACAUGGGGUUUGUGCACCUGGGGAAGAGAAAAGAAAGAGACUUUGACGAGGGGGGUGAGAUAAUUAUUUACGAGGGGAAACGCGCCCCUCCUAUAGAAUUGAAUCUGUUGUCAAGUUUUGGAGCUGACAACUCUAGCAGCAGCUCCGUGCCAUGCAUGCAUCACGGGAGAUCUCCAUUCAGCAUACCUGGCUUCACUUACGAGUUUGUUUCACCAGCAGUCGCCAACAAAGGAUGGGAAAACAUGACUCAGUGCUCACGUGAUGUUUUAGACAGUACAUGGUUUGAUCUCGCUGGGCCGCCCCACAUCGUAAUGUCCGGGAGCGAGUUCUAUGCAUACUUUUAUCAGCCGGGGGGGCUUGAUGACAAGGGUUUUGAGGUUGUAAACAUGGUUAUGGUUGAGCAUGAUGGAAGGUGGCACAAAAGCUCUGACAGGAGCCGUUUCCGUCACCCUUUGCCGCCGUACUUUGUGGCCAAAGUCAUGGAGGAAGGGUACGAUUUCUUGACUGGUCCUUACAUAAAAAAACUGUUUGUUGGAGAGCGCGUGCGUUACAAUGUGAAGACAUGCCGUCUGAUACUGGUCCCUAUGAAGGGUGGGAGCGGCUACCACGUGUUGUACAUCUUCGACAUGAUGAAGAAAAUUGUCCACGUGAUGGAUCCUAAGAGGGCGCACUACAAUAUUGUUGAGCUCGAAAGGAAGCAUACAGGAUGCAUCGACAGGCUCCUGUUCGCACUGUGCAAGUGCAUAGAGACGUUUUUCGAUGGGUGGCAUGUUAGAGAGGAUGAAUUCACAAGAAAAGCGCACCGCAUGAUGCACGAGCCGUCCUCAAGCAAUGACUCCACCUUCUACAACAUUCACUGCAUGUGGUGGUUUGAUGGUGAAUACAUGCAGAAAGAGAUCUGGCAGGACCAGCUAACACCGUUCAGACAGCAACUCAUGAGAAUGGUUCUCAUCCUGCUCGGAAAAAGAGCGCUGCCUCCACAGGACGUGGUGGACCCUGACGUGUGAUGGAUAGAGGGUUUCUCGUCCGAUAAUUUUCAUAAUUCAUAGUUUAAUCGCUUGACCAAUAUUUGACGUCUCGCACUAGUAUUUGUAUAAUUAAAACUAUCGUCUGGUGGAUCUUGGUCAUGUUGAAAACA